ACUCUGUAUUGGAAAUGGAGUAAAAUGGACAUUACGGCUUGAUCCUGAAAUAAAUGUCCGAUGUUGGUCUACGAAUUCUGUGUUUAGAAUAAUUGCGCCCUGCGUUUUUAAGUGAAUUUAACGUUAAGUAUGUUUGUUGUGGGAGAGUUCACAGAGUAAUUCACGCGUUUAUGCUACCAAUUCUGUUUACAAUAUUGUAAUAGACUGGCUUAUCAGCGCUUCGUAUUUUGCGGUCGUUCGGUUGCUACAGGCCAGCUAUUCGGCCUGUGAUGCUGUUUUAGUGGAAUUAUUGCUGUCACAGAUAUCCUUGGAAGUAUGAAAUUCUCUCUGAUGAUGGCGUAGCCUUUUCCAACAUGUGUGAUCAGUCGGAAAUAACUUACGCACCCAGCGAAAUAGUGUGGGUAAAACUGGGACCUGUCUGGUGGCCAGGAGAGGUACAAGACUACAAUUCUUUACCGGAGGAAAUUACUAGCAACCUAAGAAAACAGCCUAUAGCUGUUGUAAAAUUCUUCCAAGAAGACAGCUAUGAGUAUAUAAAGAAUCUGAACCAUAUUUAUAGGUACAAUUGCCUCAAGAAGAAUGAAUUCAUUCAGAAGGGACUUGAUCUGUGCCGUACCAAGUCGCGAGAUGCACCUUCCAACAUGAAGAUGUUUCCAGAGGACAUCGUGACUGCAGAAAAACGCACUGGAGGUAACCCCAACAUCUUACAAAGUGAAGAGUUUGCUCCGAGUGCAAAGAAAAGCUACCAGGAGUUGUUCGCAACGCCUAAGAAGCCAAAAGAUGGAAAAGAAGGAAGUGGAUCCGGAAGGAGAGGGCGGCCAUCAGAAGGGAAAGCAAAUUAUAAGGCAUCGCCCAUGACCCCUGUCCAAUCCCCAUCCGUCCGCUCAAUCACUCACCCUCGCUUUAUCGGGCGUUCUACCACUCCCAACCAUGAAAGCCGUGUACGGCAACAGCCACCUCCUGACUCCGAUGAUGCUCCUCCUCGAAACGUUUACAAGUGUCACUCCUGUGAUUUUACAACCAUCAGACUUAAUGUCAUUGUUUUACAUAACAAAUCACACACAGGCUCCAAUGCUGAUUUUAGCCCCAAGGAUAAAGAUAUUCUCACGAAAAAAUUCACUCCCAAAUUGAGAGUAAACUCCACCCCAAAGAUGAAAGCUGUUGGAGAAGCCAUGAAAAGGAAAAGCGUCAACGAGAGUCCAAGCACACCAAAAAGAGCUCACCUAAGUCCUGUGACCACCAAAAAAGAAAAUGAAAAACAAUCACCAAGUAGUUCUUCUGAACCUAAAGCGACACCUGAAGUUACAUCUGAAGCUAAGUCUGUGCCAAAGAAAAGAGGUGCAAAACCAACGAAAAUGGAGAAAGUCACCAAAGUGAUGAAGGAAAAUGAAACCAUUCGGAAUGAUCUAUUGAAAGACUGGGAUGAAGAGGAUGAAACAGCGGAAGAAGAAGAGAAAUCAAAGCAACAUGAGGACAAAAGUUGUGUAGAAACUGAAGAAAGUACAUCCGUGGACUCUGAAAUUCAAAACAAAGAUCAAGAAGUAGACGAAAAAUUGGAAGAGAAAGCCCCUGAAAAGUCAUGCUUUGAUUUUGACGAAUCCGAAGAUAUUGUGAGCCACAAAAAACCAAUAGCCUUCUCCAGGAAGACUUCAGCCGUAGGCUCAGAUGGGGUGGGGUCCAUCUCCGAGAAGAAACCUGAUGAAGAAGUGGACAAAUUCAGUAUGGAAGUUGACAACCUUCUGAAAGAAACUGCCUUACCAGAAUUACCAGAGUUAAAACUACCCUCAAAACUUUCUCUCAAGAUGGAUCAAAAUCCUGAGCCGAGCAGAGAGGAUCCUGAAGUUACCAGUGCAAUAGUGUUUGAUUCUAGCUGUGAAAUUGAUAAAGCAGCCUCAGAGGAAAGUGAAAAAUCCACAACUGAGGCUGGGCAGCAGAACGGUGUGAGCAGUUCUUUACACGAUGAGCCGAAGCAAAUGAAAAAUGAAAAAAAAGCCAAGUCUCCGCUGCGGAGAAAAUCUCUCGUUAUUGACUAUGAUCCAAACCCUUGUGAAGAACAGUUAAAUGAGUCAAAAUCAGAAUCAUCAGUGCAAGAUGCAGAUAGCAGAGACAAGGCAGAGGUCUCCCCAAAUGCACCAGAACCUACUGUAGAGUCUCACUCAGAGCCAAUGAAACUGGAAAUAUCUGAAUCAAAAGCAGUCCCGGUCUUGUCAGUUCAGUCCAUGGAUGCGACUACAUCUUUUGAAACUGUAGAAAAUGUUGCAAAAGAACAAUCUGUUUCCACUCCUGUAAAACCAGAAUCACAGUCCUUAAAAGCUGAUCAAGCAGAUGCAGUAAGUUCCAGCUCAGAUCAUGUCACCGCAGAGCUUGUCCCUAAAAUAAAAAAAGAAGUGUCGUCUCCAGAAAUUUCUAGUCAUGAUGUGAAGGUUAGCUCAGAAGUAGUGAGGGGUUCUGGAAGACGAGGUCGACCUCCUUCAUCACGUUCAGUUGUAGCAAAACGUGUCGCACCACCCACUGCAACACUAAGCCAUCGCCGUAGAUCAGCAUCCAAAAAAGUUGACGAUCCAGCCCCAGUAGUCGUGACUGAUCAGGAAAUUUUUAUCAACUCUGUGGGCAAUAUCGGUAAAGAGUUUGUUAUUGAAGAUCCGAGCCCUGUCGAAUCAUCAUCCAUAUCUGCUGCAGGUAUUUCAGCUUCUGAUACAUCCCAAAAUUCAGUGAUAGUUGUCUCUGAGCCGAGUGUAGGAGAAACUAUUGUUAUUGGAGAUGAUAAACUGUUGAACCCAAUUCAACAAGAAAAUACCUAUUCAGACCAGAAUGUUUGUAAUUUAGAUUUUGAUAUCAGUUCAAUGCCUAUUGUCAUUGAUAAUAAUGAGUAUGCACCCAGUUCCUCUGGUUACGAAAAAGUGGAAACAGUGCACACGCUAAUGAGUCCUGCUGCCAUCGAAAUUGCAGCAAGUAUAGCUCCCGGGACUGUAGGAAGUGGAGCUCCCGUAGUUGUAGGAAGUGGAGCUCCUGUAGUUGUAGGAAGUGGAGCUCCUAUCAAAGUUGAGCCAAAAGAAAGUACAGUGAAAAGUUCUCCAAGUUUCUUGGAAAAAGCUUUAAUCAGCAAAGAGCCUAACUUGCUUACUCUGAAACCUGGAGUUUCGUCUGGUUCCAAGAAAACCACUGUCACCAAAGAAAAAGGAAGUGCAUCGAAACUGGUAAUGCCAGUGCAAACUUCCAGUGGAGUUGCAAAAAUGCGAACAGUCAAGUUAGCCACAGGAUCAAAACUUUUCACUCCCAACUCUAAAUCACCAAACCAGUUCCUCCUUCUAAAGACGUCAAGUGGACAGCAACUUCUGAAAUCAUCUCAGCUUGUUCAACAGCCAGACGGUAAGAUGAUAAUUUUAACUCAAAAUCCUUCUUCUCGGUCGGGGUUGGUUGUCAAGAGUAUUUCCAAAGGAGAACAACUGGCUGGAGGUAAAUUCACCACUUCAAGAAUAAUAACUACCAAAAGUGUUGGAGGGAUUAGAGAUGAAAGCUCUUCCAGUGGUAAGCAAACACCAAAUAUUUUAAGUAAGGUCAGCGGAGAAGGCUCCAAAAGCAAACUAAUGACUAAAAUGUCAACAGAAGCUCUAGUUGGAGUAAAACAAAAAAUUUCCGGCCAAGUUCCUGGUGUGACUGUCAGUUCCAGUAGUGCAUCACCAGCUCAUGCAUCAGUAGCUGGUAAAGUGAUACUUCCUGGUAAACAAGGUAUAUCCAAAGUAUUUCUCUCCAAAGCUGGUGCAGGUCCUGGCACAAAGUUUGUUAUGCAGAGUUCUCCCACCAAGAUCAAUUUACCACCUGCGCUGAGGCAGAAACUGAUUGUUUCAAGUGGAGGCACUGGAAAUAUUUUAGUUUCACCAGGAGUGGCGAAUCCUUCUUCAACCAGCUCUGCCCCAGUUUCAGUCAGUAAGGUUGUUGUGUCUCAAUUGGGCUCAUCAGGUUUACCAACUGUUGCAAAAGUUUUGAAAGUUCAGAAACAGGGCCCAAAUAUUUUGCAAAAACCCAUUCGAAAAUCAACUAAAACCUUGGUGCCUGCAGUAGGAGCUGCGCCAAGUAAAGUUGUUGCAUCCGUCAUGCCAAGCUUACUACCUAAACCGCUAGCUGCAACAUCUGAGCCCAUCUCCAUGCCUUCAUCGUCUGUGGAAGCUGUGGCCGACACUUCAAGCACUGUCACGCCAAAUGUUGUUUAUGUAGCCAUGGAUAACAACACUUACCAGGCUGUUGACAGUUCAUCACUGCUCACUUACGAUGCAUCUCAACAGCAAGGACAAACCUUGUAUAUCAAUCCUGGGACAACACCUCUUGAAAAUAUUCUGUUGACCAUCGAUGAGAAAGGUAAUGUUAACUUGGCUCCCCAGACUCCGCAAUUCACAACUGAAGUAACUCCAACACAAGAUAUCCUAGCAAAAGCCUUGGCAGACACCCAGGUCCUUCAAACUGAAGCCUCAAUUGCUGAUGCUGCAGGUAGAGUUGCCUACAUCGAACCUUUACCAUACCCUGCGCCUCCUCUUGCCAGCAACGUACAAGAGACUUCACUAACGCUUAAUCAACCAAUAAUGACCCCACUUGAACAGCCUUCAUCAGCAACACCAAUUGCCACUAACUUUAUGCUAACAGAUCAGUCUGAUCCGACGAAAUCAUCCUCACAAGAUAUGUUCAUUACACAGCUUCCUGGUGUGUCCUCCAACAUGGCGUUUCAACUUGUUGAUGAUACUCUGAUUGCAGCAUCCGUCGCAAAUCAGGUCACAUCCUCUAACUCAGUGGAAACAAAUAUUGACGAAGACUUGCUGAAAAUCAACAAGCCUUUGAAAACCAAGUACACCAAGAUUGAAAAUACUUGCACUGAAUCAAAUAGUUUUCUUGGAGAUAAAACUGAACUGGAUUCCGCAAAAUUCAUCAUCUCUGAAACGCCUGUUUCUACCACUACUUCUCUGUCUGGCUUUGAAGGACAUACUCAUCUAUCUAAAGAGUUACCAGACACACUAAAUGUUAGUGACGUGCAAAGCGAACUCAUUAUCACGAGUGAUUCAUCAGUCUUUAACAGUGAUCAGUGUGACAGUUCGAAGGAGGAAGUGCAGGAAAGUAACUGUACUGUAGAGGCAGAAAUUUCAAAUGGACUGAGUUCAGACUGUGGAGUCCAUGAUUCAGUACCGAUAGUAACCAAAGACGUGACUUUUUCUUGUCAAGAAUCUGUUAAGACUACUAAUGAAUUAUUGGAGUCUCAAGCAACAACCCACCAUGUAACUGAGCCGUAAUGCAUCUCCCAUCUCAGAUUAUUCAGUUGAUUUUUUUCUCAUUUUAUUACUUUACUUUCACAGUUGAGCUGUGACAUUCGUUUUACUUCCCUCGGUGUUUAGUAUUACAAAAUCUGCUAUUCCCUGUUCGUUUAAGAUUGAAAUGAACAUAAAAUAAGGGAUUUUGAACAAGGGAGGUUGAAAGAACACUUUCAUGAUUCUAAUAGAGAUCAUGCUGUCUCCUUUGCUCUAAAACCUGUCAGAAAUAUUCUACUUUAAAAGACUAUUUUAUAUUAAUGUUCCUCUCAAGGACUAAUUCUUGGUGUAUUUUUCUUUUUAUUUUGUUGGUUUUUGUGUAACUUUCAGCACUGUUUUAUUUCAGAUGAUUAUUAUGAACACUGCAAGGGAAUUUUGAGAUCUGUUUUUGACCAAGAUUUUAGAAAGGAAAUUAGAUUGAUUAUUCCAUCAAUUUUUUUUUCUUUUUGUGGUAGUGUUAAACUUGUGGAGGGCUACAUAGAACUGUAUUUAGCAAGGUCAUUCAACUUAAUUUUUUCUUUUGGAUUGUAUUUCUUGUAUAACUGACAUCACUUUUUUCUUGGUCUUAUUCUAAGGCAAUAAGUUCAACCUAGCUAUCUUCAAAAAUAUGUCUCCAGUUGAAGGAGUUAAAUUUUUUCUCAAAAAAAGGGCAAGAUUCUUGAUAUCUAGUCCUCCCAAGGAUGUAACUGGAUUCAUGUUGUGAGCAUAAACUGCUCAGCUGGUUUAAUUGAAAACUAAACCCCCUGAAAUUUGCUAGUCGAUUUACCAGUCAAGUUAGAGAAGUACCACUUUGUUUAUUUCUCACUCAAAAAGUGAGAUGUUAAGCAGGGGCGGGUGUUCGUUAUUGCGAAAGUAACAUUUCAACUUUGAGAUUAAUGUCUAUUCAAGUGCCUAACACAAACUUUUUGUACAUCCCUUUGAAAAAUGUUUGUUGCAAUGGGUUGAAGUAAUAGAAACUAGAGGUUAGAACCGCAUUACUGUUUCAAGUAUAGGUAAUCUCUUUCUAUUACACAAAAAUUAUGAGGCCAGUAGCUUAUCAGCAGUAGCUGACAGGUCACUGCUGAUUUCAUGGUUUUUCAAUGAACGACUAGACGAGUUACGAAUUUAAGCAUUGUGAUGUAUGCUUCCUCUUAUGAAUUUCAUGUAGAACACAAUUUGCACAACAGAAAUAAUUGAUAAUAAAUCCUAACCAGGGUGAAAACGUCUUUUAUCCUGCAAUUAUUGGCUUUUUAUUCAUUCAUUUAAACGAGAGUUUACUUGAAUCAAAUCGCACACUUUAGGGUUUGGCAGGCUUCUCAGUCAAGCAAUGUUCCCUCCCCACCCUGUGUUAUUCAAAGUGUAAACAACAAGCAGUGGCUGAGCCGAAGUACCAAAAGUUAGGCUGUUAUAUUUUCAUACUGCAGAGACUGUCACAGUACAUAAUGUUUAGCAAGGAAUUGAACCUAAUCAGUUAUUUAUUUUUUUCUUUUUUUGUAAGGGAAACUCGAAUUAAUGCAUUAUAAAACUUUAAUAUCUUGGUUAGGAAUUACUUUCAGUAAUAUUUGUUGUACAAAUUAAGCUCUACAUGAAAUUUUGACAAAAAAACAUGUAGCAAAAUGCUUAAAUUUGCACCUUGUCUAGUGGUUCAUUAUAACGAAAAGAAACAUUCUUCAUUAAAAAUAGAUAAAUAAGUCACAUGUUUUCAAUAAAAAAUUAAUUUUAUUAAGUAUAGAAUACCCUUUGGUUAUAAGCCAUAAAUCUAGGAAUUUUCAAUAUCCAUUAUCACCCAAAAGUUCUACCAGAAUACUUUAUUGUGGCCUUGGAAACAUUGUUUUCUACUUAUGAUUAUGGUAGAUGUGGCCAAAGCCAGGAUUGAAAGAGAGGGUACAUUUUUUUCUAAGGAGAUUGAUCCUCCCCACCUAAAAUGAAAAAAUGGGAUUUUUUUUCAUCAUGAUUUAUGUGAAAUAAGUCCAACGUUUUGCCAAAAACUUUUGUGACUUACCUAGUAGUUUUUGCAAAAUUUUUCCCUAGAAGAGAGGAGCAGAAAAAUGCCUCAAGAAUUUUAAAUUGCCCCUUUUACUUUAAGUACGUUGGUUUAAAUAUCAUUUGUAAAUAUGUAAGUGUAAAUAUUUCUGCCUCAAAAAACUAGACAAAUUACAGCCAUGUAAGCUAGAAAAUUUUCUUCAAAAAAAUAAGACUUAAGAAUUGGUCAUCCAUUUUUUUCGUAUAGUAAACUUACUCCAUUUUUGUAUUUUAUUCCUUACGUUGACUGCAAUGAUGAUGAAAUAAAGGUGAAUCUUCAGUAGCUUAUAGGAAGAAAUUCCCCAGGCAGGCAAUUGGCAGGAGAUGCCAAUCCUGCGUUUUGAUAUUUUGCAAUACAUCAAUAGAGUCUGAACAGCACAAUACGAGUCCAUGAGCUAAUAUGAAAAUUGGAGGAGGUCUUGUCAAAGCGGAGAGUUAUACUUUGUAGCUAGAACUACCUUUUUUCUUGGCACCCAACAGAUGAGCAAUAUAUUCUUUAAAGCUCAGAAAUUUGAUUACGGAAUUAAGAAGGUAAUCAAUUUCUUGCCUUUAUUUUUGAACUUUCCAAGCUCCAUACAUUUUGGAGGUAUGCUGAUAGGAUGUAUGGCUCUCAAAAUUUAUUGUAUUUGUCAUGAUGUUGAAAUAAUUGCUGAUUUUGGAGUCAGAUUUUAGCAGCGCAAUGCGGAAGUUUUUUUAAACCACUGCUGAAGAUUCACCUCAAGGACAAGGAGAAAACCCUUUGAAUAAUCCAGCAACUUUGAAGCAAGGUGUUUUUAGAAGAUGGAUGGAAGUCUUUUCACCCUGUGUCAUGUCACUUGUUUCUCUUUCAUGCAGUUUUGUCUUGAGAGAGUAUCUUUUAAGUGUAUUUAGCAUUCCUAACUCACGAUUCAACUUGGAAAACAGCGAACUCAUGACCAAAUUAAGAGGUGAUUUUUUUAACUUGAUUGCUACGUUUUGCCUCUUACUUUUAACAAUGUGACUGUAUUCUUUUUGGAGAGCAUUUGAUUGCCUAUUUAACAUUAGACCAUCAUUGCUGGGCAAAAUGGCUGAUCCAAAUGUCACAUGAAUCAAAUCGAAUUGUGGAGGUGGUGACAGGUGAUAGGGUCGUCGACUUCAACAGGAUAAAGCUUCCUGUGCCUCUCUUGUGACUAUCUUUGUAGGAUAUGUAAGAUUUGAUGUCGACACAUCAAUGUUUAAAUCUUUCAAAACAAACAGUUUGGACAGAGCUUGUUAGAAAGAUUGUAAGCAUGGAAAUUAUUAUGAGAUUCUAAUAUAUCAGUUUAGGGUGAUCAAAAGCAGUGAUGCCACUUCGAAGUAAGCCAAAAAAUUUGGAGUUCUCCUGACCUUUGUGUGUAUCAUCCUACAAUUUUGGAGUGAGGCUAAAUGUACUAUUAAUCAACCCUUUUUGUGAAACUCGCAUGAUGGAGGUGACCAUUCUUUUGUAAUUUUUGUAUAAAUUCCAACACAUUUUGAUUUUCUGUAAAGUGUCUCAAAAUGUUUAUUUUUACUACCUUCUUUAUUACUCUCUAUUAUUGAAGUAAUUCUAAGUGGUUAAGCCUGCAGUAGAGUGUCAGUUUGAUUCUUCUGCAAUAUAAUUGUGUGAGGUAUCCCAGUUUUCUCGGAACUUUUUCAUUGUCAUGCUUGCCUCGGUUGUUUCUUUAUAUUUGCACCCCUAUCAGGAUUUAUUUUUCUUUUAAUAAGUUUGCUUGUAUCUACCUUUGAUAAGGAAGCUGAUUGAGAAAUCCAUGUCUCAAAAAAUUGGACUGAGUUUAUCAGAAAUGCGCCGAAGCGCAUUUUGGUAAAACAAAAAAAUGAUUCUGGAGUAGUGCGGAAUGCGAGUACUUGCACAUGGUCAUCUAUUAACAACUCCAAGUCGAGAAAAAAUAUUCUCAAAGUGAAAACAGUCAUCUGACUGUUUUCUUUUUGUUUCUGAACAUUGAAUUGAUGGAGGAACAAAUCUUCUAACCUCUUUUUUCUCGGUCGAUAUAAUGUGACGUCGUGUGUUUCUGUCAAUCUCAGUUCAACUGUAGGAAAGAGAUCUGAAAUUUUUUUCAGAAGAAAUAAUUUUAUACGAAUCAAUACUGAGGAUAGACCUGAUUUAUUGAGACAAUUUUCAAUGGUUCUAGGAUCGUUUAUUUUUGUAUCUCACAUUUGUUAAUUAAUUUGUAAUUAUAACAUGUCCUCGUUA